UAAGGGUGCAGACGAAAUUUAUGGAAUAGCAAGGCUAGAGAAGGUGUGAGGGCAAAUCAGGUACAUAGUCAGUGUCUGGAAUAAGUCAGGUAAUAUCCAAUCAUAGGCGAAUCCCAAUCAGUACUACGUUACAUCAGGGACAGAGGGUAGAUCCAAAGCUGGACGAAGCAAGAUGUUUCAAAGGUGAGGAAAACACAAGAUAAAUAAAAAGGAUACAAAGAGAACAUAAUGCUGCUAUGGACAUACUUUUCACUGUUCCAGUAAACAUUUAGUUCGAAUAGUAUCUGUACUUUUCAGUAACAUUUUUGCUGGUCAUAUCCCUCACCCGCCUCCACGGAAUUGUAAAUUGGCACUUCCUAAACAGUACAAGAAUCAUAACCAAUGUAAACAUAGUUCAAUAUUUAAACAAUGGGCGUCAAAAUUUAACUGAAGGAUCAGUUAUGUAUAAUCCGAUAUACCAGCUACAACUAUACAUUAUAGAAGAAGGGGGCAUAUAGACUGAUAGAUCGAACAUCAGGUGAAAUUUUGAAACGCAUACACAACCUGCUAGACGUUACAUCCAUGGAAAAGAUCAUGAAGAGACGAAUACAAAUAGCGGGCGUAAUUGUGGUUAGCGUAGUAAUCGUAGUAAAUGUUUUCUUUUUAUUCUACCGCCUUCCGGAAAAGAAAGAAGAAACAAAACAGUUUCAAGUCAUGAAAUUCAACAUGGGCGAUAUAGAUAGAGCGCCAGAGGGGAAGCUAAAGAGUAUCAUAAUAUUCGGCAAUGGGCCAUCCCUCAGAGGGUUUGAUUUCAACGCUUUGAAAAAGUAUCCCCGUAUUGACACGCUUGGAAUGAAUUUGGCGUUUCGAUAUUGGCAGAAAAUCAAUUGGUGGCCAACAUACUACGCCAAUUUCGACGUUGUUGUGGGGCGUGAUCAUAAAACAGAAAUUGUUGACUUGAUUAAAAACGCUCGAAAGCAUAAAAUGAAAAAAUUCUUUCUCAGAGACGCAAAAUUGAAUCAAAUGGAGGAGCUCAAGAAUAACCGCUUGCUUGAUUUUCUGGAGGAUCGACGACGCCAGAAAGGGACUCACAUACUAAAGAACAUCAAUAUGAUAUCAACUGGGGCGAUUGCCGUGCGGUACGCGCUGUUUUACGGCUAUAACCAUAUCCUAUUGUUAGGGAUUGAUAUGAACUACGUCGAAAUGAUAAAAGAAGCAGAAUCAGUUAAAGGAAUAGUGCUCAAAAUAAACGAAACGCCGAAAAAUAAUCCUAAUUAUUUCUUCGAUGGCUAUCAACAAAAAGGUGACCUUUACAACAAACCCAACACUGACACUGCACACGUUGCCUCAUUUAAUGAAUUACUCCGGGAUUGGAAGGGAAGAACUGGCAAUAAAACGAUUCACGCCGCAAUAUAUAAUGGAAACCCAAAAUCAAAACUAGCCGAAAUUGGAUACCCAUAUUUAUCAUACGACGACUUUGUUGCCCAAUGUGAUAUGAGAACAUAUUGAAAACAUUAUAUUUCGUUUAUACAUUGAAGUGCCGAUUGGUAAUCGGACUCGCUACAUAAGACUAAAUUAAAACCAACUACACCUUCCACUGGGGCUAACAACGAUGCAGAAAUACAAUCAUAAUAGAAUAAUAUAUUUAAUGCUGUUUAAUGUUUAUAUUUGUGAUGCACUAGUGACAAAUGGCAUGUGCCAAAAUGCAAUUAUCAUACAUGUAAUGAUCAUUCACCAAAUAUUAACCAUAACAAUGUUACAAU